UUUCACUUGUCACUUGUGAAUGUCAGUUUGUUAUGGUGGAGGCGAGCGUCUGGCGGCGGCACUUAUAAGCCUUUUCCGGCGUGUUUAUCCAUCCCACGACUCAGCACAGAGCCUUUGAGUGUAGUGCUGACCUGCUGAGGCUGUGCUGGUCCCCCGUGCUGAGUGAGGGCGGCGGCGGGAGGGGGGCCGAGGCUGGGCUGGCCGGCACACACACACACACACACGCACCCUACGCUGUUAGUACCGAGGCACCAUGGACGUCGGGGAGCUGCUGUCCUUCAAGCCGGAGAUGGCGGUGAAGCGCGGGCCAGAGGAGGAGGAGGAGGAGCGGGAGCGUCCGGGCAGGAAGAGGAGUCGCCUGGAGAUGAGGGGGCUGGGGGGCCACACGGGGCUGCCUCCGCCACCGAACCACCACCACCACCACCACCAGCUGCCAGUGCCCUCAGCUAAGACACGCCAGAUUGUGGAGGAGAAGCUGCAGCAACUUGAUGAGCAGGAGGACCCCGAAGAAGCGGACGGCCCAAUGGAUGAGGUCAAGCUGAAGAAGAUGAUCCUCAGCUUUGAGAAGAGAGUGCUCAAGAACCAGGAGCUGAGAAUCAAGUUCCCGGAUGACCCACGGAAGUUCAUGGAGUCGGAGAUCGAACUGAACGAGGCGGUGGAGGAGCUGCAUGUUGUGGCCACCGUGCCGGAGCUCUACCCGGCGCUGGUGGAGCUCGGCACUGUCAAGACGCUGCUCUCCCUCCUCUCCCACGACAACACCGACAUAUCCAUCGCCGUGGUGGAUUUGCUGCAGGAGAUGACGGAGGUGGAGGAGCAGGAGGAGGACGAGAGCGGGGGAGCGGAGGCGUUGGUGGAGGCCCUGCUGGACGGUCAGGUGGUCACUAUCCUGGUCCACAACCUCCAGCGGAUGGACGAGACACACAAGGCGGAGGCGGAUGGGGUUCACAACUCUUUAGGCAUUAUCGAGAACCUGGCGGAGGUGCGACCGGAGAUGUGCACGGAGGCGGGUCCUGGUGGUCUGCUGGCGUGGCUCCUCAAGCGCCUCCGUGCCAAGCUGCCCUUCGACGCCAACAAGCUCUACGCCUCGGAGAUCCUCGCUAUUUGCAUCCAGAACAGCGAGGAGAACCGCCGCCUCCUCGGGGAGAUUGACGGGAUUGAUGUCCUUCUGCAGCAGCUGGCCGUGUUCAAGCGUCACGACCCGGCUACCAGUGAGGAGCAGGAGAUGAUGGAGAACCUGUUUGACACCCUCUGUGCCUGCCUCAUGCUCAACAACAACAGGGAGCUCUUCCUUAAGGGCGAGGGGCUGCAGCUCAUGAACCUUAUGCUGAGAGAGAAGAAGCUGUCCCGGAACGGAGCGCUGAGGGUGCUGGACCACGCACUGACAGGACCUGAGGGCGCGGACAACUGCAACAAGUUCGUGGAGAUCCUGGGCCUGCGCACCAUCUUCCCGCUGUUCAUGAAGACCCCGGGGAAGCACGGCAAGAAGGGCCUCACUAAGGAUCAGCACGAGGAGCACGUCAUCUCCAUCAUCGUGUCGCUGCUCCGUAACUGCCGGCCCAACCAGAGGACGCGACUGCUCAACAAGUUCACGGAGAAUGACCACGAGAAGGUCGACCGCCUGCUGGAGCUCCACUUCAAGUACCUGGAGAAGGUCCUCGCCACUAACUACGCUCUGGAGGAACAGGCCAAGGCAGAGAACCUUAGCGAGGACGAGCAGUACCUUCGGCGUCUAGAUGGUGGCUUGUUCACGCUGCAGCUGGUGGACCACAUCAUGCUGGACGUGUGCUCUACGGGGCCGCCCUCCAUCAAGCGGCGCGUGCUCAAGAUCCUCAACCUGCGCAACGCCUCCGUCAAGACCAUCAAGAACAUCAUGAGAGAGUACGCCAGCAACCUCGGUGACACGGGAGGCUCGGAGACGCAGGCGGAGGAGCAGGACAGAAUACUUGACCUCCUCGACAAGUUCCAGAACACUUAGUCGCUCAGGAGGAGGAGGUGGAGGAAGUGGAGGAGGAGGAGGAUUGUGGUGGUGAUGAUGGGUGUCUCUUUCUCUCUCUUUUUUUUUUUUUUUUGUGUGUGUGUGUGUGUGUGAUUGUGAGUUUUUCUGAGUGUUGUUUUUUGUUUGUUUCUUUGUUUGUUAUUGUGUGUGUGUGUGUGUGUGUGUGUGUGUGUGUAUUUUUUUGCUCAAGUGUGUUUUCUUUUUUUCUUUCUUUUUUUUCUAGUAAUGUGUGUGGCUUUCAGUCUCAGGGUGUCUUUGUAUGUCUGUUUUCUCUCUCUCUCUCUCUC